AUGAAGUUAUUAAAUCCGCUACUUUUGUCCAUCUUCAGUAUAAUAUCUUCUGCAAGUGGCGCUCCCACGUCUGUCAAGAGAGGUAAUGACCAGCAAGGCGUGGUGAAGGUCGACUUCAACGUCCACAGAGGUUCCUCGGUCGGAACCGCCCAGUUGGGGGCUCAGGCCAAGCGCAACUUCAAGAGAAACACAGAUGGCACGGCUGCCAUCGUCUUGGAAAAUGAGCAAUCAUUCUACAUGGCCAACAUGACCAUUGGCUCCAACCAUCAAAUGGUUGGCGUCUUGCUUGACACUGGCUCGUCCGACUUGUGGGUCAAUGGACGCGAUAAUAUUUACUGCUCAAAGACCUCAACAACAGGAGAUAGCACUGUAUCCAAGCUCUUAGAAACUAGAGAUACAACCUCCAUUGACUGCAGCCUUUACGGCACCUUCGACACGUCUAUGUCUACCUCCUACAAGAGCAAUGGCUCCGACUUUGCCAUCUAUUAUGCCGACAAUACGUUUGCAAAGGGAGAGUGGGGCCACGAUGAUGUUACCUUCGGCUCAGUACUGGUGAAUGACCUUUCCUUUGCUGUCGCUGACGAGGCCACGUCCGAGGUAGGUGUCUUGGGUAUUGGAUUACCUGGCUUAGAGACGACCAAGACUCAAUACGAGAACUUGCCUAUGAAAAUGAGGAGCGCUGGGCUUAUUCACAGCUCCGUCUACUCGAUAUACUUGGGUUCUAAUGCCGAAAAGGGUACCAUUUUGUUUGGUGGUGUUGACACUUCCAAAUACCAAGGCCUCUUGAAAACAGUUCCUAUGGUCGAUGUGGCAUCCAACAGAAUCCAGGUUGAGAUGAACGACAUGACUUACAACGGUAUGAGUUUCUUUAACCACCAAUUCUACCCCGCUCUUCUUGAUUCUGGGAGCACACUCUCCCUGUUCCCACAGGCCGUCAUUGAUCUGAUCGUCUCGGUGAUUGACUUGCAGUACUACGAAGAACUUGCCUCAUACAUCGGCUCGUGUUCUAUGAUUGAAUCCAGCAACUUUACCUUUAACUUUGGCGGUGCCAGAAUCGACGUUCCGAUGUUCAACUUUUUCUUCGAACAUAUGGUGGUCAACGAUGAUGGGGUAAGCAGAACCUGCGUGUUAAAUGUAGGAGUUAGUGAUAAUGUUACCUUGGGUGACAGCUUUUUGAGAGGCGUUUACACUGUUUUCGAUAUGGAGAAGUAUGAGCUCUCCUUGGCCACUGCCACUUUCGGUGACGAUACUGAAAAUAUUCAACCUUACGUCGACUCCGUCCCAGGUGCCAUUCUCAUGAGCAAGAUGACAUUGGUGCAAAUUUGUUUGAUGUGGUUGCAGGGGGUUUACCUUUAG